AUGGCUCUCCUGGAUUAUCUCCCGUUAACAGAGCAUCACGAUAUUCGUCUGAUUGAUAUUAUACCGGGAGCAUUCACUGAUACUCUGCAAAUUAAAGUUUUCCACUGCAGACUCGAGGAGUCACAUGUGCCACAAUAUGAAGCCCUUUCUUACGUUUGGGGCUCGAGUGAUAGCCCUACCACGAUUCGAGUGCAGCUAGUCUUAGCCGGUGGUAGCGCCAACUUCCAUGAAUUCCUAGUCACUCAGAACCUUGCCGUCGCGCUUCAGCAUCUUCGUCUCGCCGACUCUGUGCGAACCGUCUGGGCCGAUGCCAUCUGCAUCAACCAGCUCGACUACGCAGAAAAAUCACAGCAAGUCAUGAUGAUAGGUGACAUUUAUCGCCUCGCUCGGAGGGUUAUUGGUUUUCUAGGUCCAGCCCAGGACGACAGUGAUCUUGCGCUUGAGAUCUUGGAAAACCUUGCAGACAUGGUCGAAGUGGACUUCUCCUCUGGUCUUAUCAAAUCGUCCGCGGUAGGGACCAAAGAUAGCAGUUGGGCCGACAUGCACUCAGCGCUACCUUAUGGUCGACGCGAGAUUCUAGCUAUCUACCACCUAAUUUGCCGAGAUUGGUUCGGGAGGCUUUGGAUCCGGCAAGAAAUCGGCCUCAGCGGGCGCCAGGGUACGCUCCUGUGUGGCAGCAAAGCAAUUUCUUGGCCACUGAUGUGCAAAGCAAUCUUCAUUAUCCAAAGAAAGCCCUCGGUGAGUGGCGUAAUGAAUACAACAGAACAGGAAGAUGAUUUCCGGCGCGGCAUGCUACAAAUAGAUACUGUCUGCCUCUACUCCAGGCGUGCAUUCAGCUUUCUCAAUCUAAGACGUCAAAUACGCAGUUCUAAGUGCUCCGAUCCACGGGAUCGCCUUUAUGGCGUUCUCAACCACCUGCGUGACUCUGGCGACCUCGGUAUUAUCCCUGAUUACAACAAGACAGCCUCAGAUAUCUACACCGAUGCAACUCAGCGGCACAUCAGGCACACGGGGCGUCUCGCUAUCUUGUGUCAAUGCGAACUGGAUGAUCAUUCUGUAAGGUCUGAGCCCCUACCAAGUUGGGUUCCCGAUUUGGCGGCCCCGAUGGAUUCAUUAAGUGUGCACGAGGUCGGCCCGGAACUGUUUGAGCUACUGCCAGCCUUCUCGAGCAUGAAUGAUUGUCAUCUCGGAGCUUACGGCUUUCGUAUCGGUCGCGUCGAGCAUGUCAUUCGCAUCGAUGAUUAUUGUCUGCACAAUGUCAGCGAUUCCACGACGGCACGGGAGCUGCGCAGAGCACUGAUGGAACUCGACAGCCAUAUCCAAGCCGGCAAUAAUACAGUCUACAACAGCAGGGAAAAGAGAUUAGAAGCAUAUUGCCGCAGCCUCUGGCUCAAUAAUUUUGCAGAGCGCUGGAUGCCCGCGGUGCCCCAUGAAUCGCCGUACAAUGACUCUCUUGCGCUAGUGCGAGCCCUGCUCGACCCAGAAAACUCGACUGCAAAACUUCCAUCCCAUCCCAACACUUCCCGAUGUCUUGUCCAUGUGCGUGCUGCCUGCACCGCCCGUACCCUAUACAUCACAGCAGAUGGCCACGUGGGAAUGGGCCCAGCCUACGUCCGUCCUGACGAUGAGGUGUGUCAUCUAUUUGGCUCAUGGAAGCCUAUGGUGCUCCGCCCAGUCGCUGGACAGUAUCGUCAGGUUGGUGAAUGCUACUUAGAAGGCGGAAUGCACGGGGAAGUUAUACUUGGUGAGCUGCCCGCGAAUCUGCGGAGUCUUCUAGACCCCCAUGGACUGCGUGGUCUGCAGCGCGCUGGAUUUGUCGAUAUUACCACCGGGCUUAUGUACAAGGAGGACCCAAGGAUGUUGCCGUUUCUCACGGGACUUGUAGAAAGCGGAUUGAUUGGAAAUUCAUCACUACAGAGUCUUGAGGAGGCUGGGGCAAUGGAUGUGCUAAUAAAGGCAGGCUUCAAAAUUAUCAAUUUUGAGUUAAUUUAG